AUGAAUCUUGUGAGGUUUAUGAACAACCGUGUUCCUCCUAACAAGAGAUACCAGCCCACAGAAUAUGAGCACGCUGCCAACUGUGCUACGCAUGCGUUAUGGAUAAUCCCCAGCCUGCUGGGCAGCUCCCUGCUGCACCUCCACUCAGAGGACCAAUGGGAGCGCAUGUCGGCCUGGGUGUACGGGGCGGGGCUCACCUCGCUCUUCAUCAUCUCCACCCUGUUCCACACCGUGGCCUGGAAGAAGAGCCAUUUACGGUCCGUGGAGCACUGCUUCCACAUGUGUGACAGGAUGGUGAUCUACUUCUUCAUCGCUGCCUCCUACGCCCCAUGGCUGAACCUGCGGGAGCUGGGUCCUUGGGCGUGUCACAUGCGCUGGCUGGUGUGGGUCAUGGCCUCGUUUGGAACCACCUACGUCUUCUUCUUCCAUGAGAGGUACAAGAUCAUGGAGUUGAUCUGCUACACGGUGAUGGGUGUGUUUCCAGCCCUGGUCAUCCUCUCAAUGCCGGAGCAGUCGGGCCUGUGUGAGCUCCUGGUGGGCGGGGCCUGCUACUGUCUGGGGAUGGUCUUCUUCAAAAGCGACGGCAUUGUCCCGUUCGCUCACGCCAUCUGGCACCUGUUUGUAGCUAUGGGAGCCGCCGUACACUACUACGCCAUCUGGAGGUACCUCUAUGCCCAGCCGCCCAAUCAGGUUCAGACCUCCAGAUGA